AUGGUGUCGCUCGAGACUCAUCAAGCCAUCUCUGAGAACAAUCCAUCCAGCAGAAGUGAAAUGGCGUCGCUCAACAAGACUUAUCAAAUCAACCGAACAGAAGAGAAAUGGAGUAUGUCAAGACUUAGUAUCAAGCCAUCUCUGAAGAGAAUCGAUCCAGAAGAAAAGAAAUGGUGUCCCUCAAGAAGAGAAAUGGCGUCGCUCCAGACUUAUCAAGGCAUCUCUGAGAACAAUCCAUCCAGCAGAAGUGAAAUGGCGUUGCUCAACAACCGUCACUUGAUUACUACAGACUUAUCAAGCCAUCGCUGGGGCAAAUCCAUCAAACAGAAGAGAAAUGGCGUCGCUCUAGGUGUGUUUAAUUGUUGUAUGUUGCGUUUGUCAAGGAGGAUGGUCACAGUGGUCUCCAUUUCUUGA